AUGUAUGCAUCAAACAUGAAAUUAGUCUUAGGCUUACUAUAUGCCGUCACUAUAGUUCUCUGCACACCGCUUCCAAGCCCAAACCCAGCCUCUUCAAGCUUAAACUCUCAACCUGAGGAUGUCACGCCGUUUCCUAUCUUAAACGCCUUUGGUCGUUUGAGCAAGCGGAGCAAGGCAGGAGAUGCCGUCCAAAAAAUUCGUGCUGUCGUCGACACCGGUAAUACGGGAGGACCCAAGCUCGUAGCUGAUCUACAAAAGUUAAUGAAAGACCUUGAGGGCAUCAUCACACAAUUGAAGGGGGCUGGUUUAAUUCCCGGCGGCAAGAAGGACCAAAAGGCACAAGACUUGAAGCAAGCGGAUGCGCUGUCAGCUGCAGCUCCUAACACUGAAGCAAAGCUGGCCGAGGCGGACCCAGCGACCAAAUUAGCUGAUCCAGCGCCCAAACUACCUGAAAUCACUGUCCCCAGCCCUGCAGUCGCUGGGGCCACCGUGGCCGUCCCCGCCGCCCCCGGCAGUGAAAAGCCUGAGGAAGAAUAA